AUGGGCGAAGACCACAUUUUCAAGUCGGGUGUGUCGCACAAUUACUAUGGAGAGGCAUUGUAUGCGCAACAGAAGCCUAUUCCCUGUCCACAAUGCAAACGUGUUGGGCGUCUUGCUGGGCAUCUAAACGAGAUUUACCGCCGCAUCCCCAGGACUCAGUGGGAGGCCCUUGUACUCUGUCAUAGAUGUGGCGAGAAUGUCUUGCGUCACGAGGACAUGGCAACUCAUCGGCGUGUGUGGUACUGCUCAUACUGCGAGAUAUGCCUUUGUACCAAAUGCCAACGAUAA